AUGCAAGCCAGCCCCAUCCGCAUUCCAACCGUCAGCAAUGACACGGACUGGGACUUCUGCUUCCACUUGUCACAGCAAGCCAAGAAGCCAGCAUACCAGCAAAGAGAUGAACUGUAUUCAUCUAGCGGGUCUGGAGAGAGUGAAGAAGACACUAAGGCCACGGAGGAGAUGGCCGUAGGCUGCAUGUCUCUUCCUGAAGACAAAUUGGCCCAAUCCCAGAAGAAAAUAGCUCAGCUGAUGAAGAAAAAAAUGAAUAUCCAAGCAAACAAGGAGCUGAUUCGCUGUGUCAUCCUUUCUCGGAUUAUUUUUGGGGAAGAACACUGGAAAUGUGCACAGGCUCUGGCCAGCCUGGCUUAUGGCUACCUGACACUGAGAGGCCUCCCAGCUCAGGCCAAGAAACAUGCUGAAUCUGCCAGGAGCACGCUGCUGACCUGGAAGGAAAACACGACCUCAAACACGGAAAAAAAGGAAAUCCUGGAAGCUCUGGUCAUGCUGUACUACACCAUGGGGGUGGCCUGGCUCCUACAGAACCAUGGCAGAGAGGCUUAUUUCAACCUGCAGAAGGCAGAGAGAAACAUGAAGGAGCUGAAAGAAUUAUGUGAGGGAAGUGUUCACAGAUUACAAGUCUCGGAGAAAGACCUGACAAUUGCUUUGGGCAGAGCCUCCUUGGCUGUCCACAGAUUGAACCUUGCUCUGGCAUACUUUGAAAAGGCAAUUGGCAAUGUUAUCGCUGCUAAGGGUGAUAGGACAUCAGAUCUGGUCAGUCUGUACGAGGAGAUCGCGCAGAUCGAGCAGCUGAGGAGGAACCAUGAUCAGGCCAUCCAGUACUUGCAGCAGGCCUAUUCUAUCUGUGUAUCUUUGUUCACUGACGUCAGCCCCCAAACUGCAGAGGCAAGUGCGCUACUAGCCAAGGCUCAUGCCCUGUCUGGAGAGGCCCAACACAGGGACGCUGUGGAGAUAUAUUUUAUAAAAAGUAUCAGUGCAUAUCAAGCAACAUUGGGCCCAACGGAUUAUGAAACACUGACAACCAUUGAAGAAUUUUGCAAAUGGCUUGUCCAAAAUGGAGAAAAACAGGAAGCUUACAGACUGCUAAAGGCCUCACUGAAGUCUCAGGUCAUCAGCUAUGGUGAUUGUAGUGAAAAAGUGGCUGAAACUUUUUACAACAUGGGCAGGAUCUGCUUUGCCAAAGGAGACCUCAGAAAGGCGAUUCAGCUGCUAAGGAAGGUGCAUGCUGGUUGGUUUGUGCAUUUUCUCCUGGGCCUGUAA